ACAGAGGCCUGUGGGCCCGAUGCCACCUGCGUGAACCAAGCCUCUGGGGAAGGCUACACCUGCCGUUGCCUCUUGGGCCGACACGGGAAGAAGUGCAUGGCGGGCCUCACCGUGACGUCCCCCCACUUCCCGGGUGCAGACGCUUUCAUCUCCUACCCGACCCUCACCCGAAACCCUUACGAGCUGCGGCUGGAGGUCGAAGUCAAGCCGCUCUCCCCCAACGGCCUCGUCCUCUUCAACGGGGGCGACGGGAGCCCCGUGGCCGACUUCGUCUCGCUCAACAUGGCCAACGGGCACUUGGAGUUCCGCUACGAGCUGGGCUCAGGUACCGCUGUGCUGCGGAGCCACAAGCCCCUGGCCCUCGGUCAGUGGCACAAGGUGGCGGCCGAGCGCCUGAACAAAGACGGCACCCUACAGGUGGACGAGGAGAGGCCCGUCAAGAGGUCGUCCCCCGGGAAAAGCCAGGGCCUCAACCUGCACACUUCUCUCUACCUUGGAGGAGUGGAGGACUCAGUCAAGCUCCCGGCAGCUGCCAACAUCUCCAGCCACUUCCACGGGUGCAUCGGAGAGGUUUCGGUCAACGGGAAGAAGGUGGACAUUUCCUACAGCUUCCUGGAGAGUCGCGGCAUCUCGCAGUGCGCCGACAGCUCCCCUUGUGACCGCAGGCCUUGCCAAAACGGCGGGCAGUGUUUGCUCACGGGGGAGUACGAGUUCCAGUGCCUGUGUCCGGAUGGUUUCACGGGGGAACGCUGCGAGGUGCCCGAGGCCCACUGCCAGCUCCAUCACCCCUGCCUGAAUGGGGGCAUCUGCAAGGGCACGGCCUGUCUCUGCCGCCAGGGCUUCUCGGGGCUGUACUGCGAACACGACGAACUGCAGCACCAACUGAAAGCCGAAUGGCCGGAAGGCAGCGGAGGAAACGACGCUCCUGGACAGUACGGCGCCUAUUUCUGCAACGGGGGCUACGUGGCCUUGCCGAGACACGCUUUCCCCAGGAGUCUUCCCGAGUCGCCAGAGACCAUCGAACUGGAAGUGCGGACCAGCUCUGCAAACGGGCUGCUUUUCUGGCAGGGGGUGGCCACGGGAGAGCCGAGUCCCCCGCCGCAUGUUGUUGCUAACCAGGAGGAAGGGGAGCCAGGCAAAGCGAAGGACUUCAUUAGCCUCGGGCUGAAGGAUGGGCACCUGCUGUUCAGUUACCAGCUGGGAAGCGGAGAGGCCAACCUCCGCUCCGAAGACCCCGUGGACGAUGGCGAGUGGCAUCGAGUGACGGCUGUCCGGGAAGGGAAACGAGGCUCCCUUCAGGUGGACGGAGAGGAGGCGGUGACCGGUGAAUCUCCCGGCAGGAAUGUCAUGGUCAACACCAAAGGCCGGAUCUAUUUAGGAGGCGCCCCCGAUAUCCAGACGCUGACGGCCGGGAAAUACACCUCGGGAAUCACAGGCUGCCUCAAAAACGUGAUUCUGGUCAACGCCCGGCCAGGCCAGGAGCCCCGGCAGCCGGUAGACCUGCAACAUCAGGCGGAAAUGGCCCUGAACAUUCAGGAGUGCCCCUCAUAGGGGAGGCCCCACCAACACCAACAGCAACCUUCCUUCCAACCCUCCUGCUGUUCGCUGCCAUCGCCGGGCCGAGGGAGAGACAUCUACGCUGAUUAUCGUUAUUUUAUUAUUAUUAUUAUUGUUAUUUCUUAAAAAAAAAAUAUUUUUUUUUUUAAAAAAAAGGAAGAAACACACCAACGGUGCUUUUUGCUGCUGCCAAAAAAAAGUGGGUAAGGGAGCGAGGGAGUUGGCUUAACAGCGGCGUCCUUGGCCUAGGCCGCGUGGGCCGCCUCGGAGGACCAGGGGAGCCAUGCCGCGUUGCGCCAGAAGCUACAGGAGGAGGCCGGCUUCCCAAGAGUUCGGCAAGCGAGCCAGGCUGCCCGGAUGGCUGCUCUGUUGGCCCCCGGCUGGCCGUGACUGACCAAAGAUCCUGCCCUCGCCCUCCCUGAGGCAGGGAGAGGAUCCCAGAGGCAUCCGGGAAGGGGGUCUCGGCACGUCCACUGUGCCCGGCGAAUGCCCGCGCGGGAGACGGGUCCUUCGGAAGUCCCGCCUCCGCCUCGUUGCCCUGCACAGCCGUAGGCGCUUCGGAGAGGUGCUCUCCCCACCCACCUGCCCCCAUUUCGCUAGCUGCCUUAAUCCCUGGACCGUCCCUGGGAGUCCCGGGGCCUCGCCCCGUGGAAGGGGCCACCCUGCCUCACCCUGGGAAGUCUCUUUCCCCUCACCUUCAGGUUGCUUCAGUGCCUUAUUGGGGAGGGGGCCUUCCUAAGGGGGAUGCACCUGCUAUCCCCCAGCCCGAUCUCCUCUCGCCCACCCUCCGUUGCCUGCCGAGUGUUAUUUCUCACAGCAAAACUUAUAGAAGUGAGGCGGCCGCUUCUCGGGGGCGGAGAGCGGAGGGGGGCCCUCCUGCCUUCCAGGCCCCCCCCCCGCUAUGGGUCAGAACCGGAAGGGGUUCUUUUAUGACAGCUUUCCAA